AUGGCGCACCGCAUCAUAACACAGAUCGUCCUAGUAGGCAGCCGAGUGCUCGGCCGGGCCUUUGCCGAAGCCUACAAGCAGGCGCAAGCCUCGUCGAACUACGCCCGAGCGCAAGCGAAGCUGAACCCGAACGGCGCGGGGGCGCGGGCCAGCCUCUCGAGCGGCAUGACGCUGGACGAGGCGUGCAGGAUCCUGAACGUCAAGCCGCCCCAGGGCGGCCAGGCGAACAUGGAGGAGGUCAUGGCCCGGUUCAAGAAGCUGUUUGACGCCAACGACCCGGAGAAGGGGGGCAGCUUCUAUCUCCAGAGCAAAGUCUUGCGGGCGAGGGAGCGCAUAGAAGCGGAGCUCAGACCGGCGAUGGAAAAAGCCGCGCAAGAGGCCGAGAUAAAAGAGGGGUGGAAGCCAAAGGUGUAUAAAGAUCGGUAG